AUGAAUAAAAAUUCCAAAUAUAAAAAUCAAGAAAAAUUAUUAUAUAAAUUGAAUGAAUAUUUUUUAAAAUUUCAAAAAACUUUAAAGACAAAGCUAAAUGAAAAUUUUCUUUUAAAUAAUGAAAUUCUCAGAUUAGAAAACCAUUUAUUAGAAGAAAUUGAAAAUUUUAAAGAAGAAUUAGAUAAAAUUCAACAAAAUAAAUGUAUUUUAGAUCUUCCUAUAUCUAAGACAAAAGAUAAACUUUAUCAAGAAAUUAUUUAUGAAAGAAAAAUUAAUUAUGAUAUGAUUUGUUUAUCUAUUUUUGAAGAAAAUGAUAUUGAAAAUCUAAAAAUAGAAAAAGAAAAAUUUAAAAAAAUGAUAAAAAAUAAAGAAAUAGAUGCUUUAGAAGAGUUUAAGGAUAAGCUGAGUAAAAUUGUAACGAGCAUCGAAUAA